CUUGAGAUUAUCGGCUAUUUCAAGGUUAUGUUACAAAAGUUUUACUUUACAUAUAUUGCAUAAGUUCGAUGAAGUGACCAGCGAUUUUUACAAUUUUUAAACUCAAUUGCUUAGAAAGUCUUAAAGAUGGAGAAGAAACAUAUCUUACACAGUGGAAUGUUCAAUGACACUCUUCGAAGAUGGAAUAGUUCCAAUUGUACAUUAAAUCCUCACAAUUUAAUGUAUCCAGUCUUUCUUAUAGAAGAAGAUGAUGUAAUACAACCAAUUGCAAGUAUGCCAGGAGUUUCAAGGUUUGGAGUAAAUAAACUAAAGACACACUUGGAACCAUUGAUAGUAAAAGGAUUGUCUUCAAUUCUUUUGUUUGGAGUUAUUGAUAAAUUACCCAAAGAUGCCAAUGGAACAAAUGCAGACAGUCAGAAGAAUCCUGUGAUUUUAGCACUGCCAAAACUCAAGGAAUGGUUUCCUACUUUAACUAUUGCUUGUGAUGUUUGUCUGUGUCCAUACAGUGAUCAUGGACAUUGUGGGCUUCUGCAUGAAGAUGGAACCAUUAAUAAUGGUCCUUCUAUCAAGAGAAUUGCUGAAAUUGCUUUGAAUUAUGCUAAAGCAGGUGCUCAUGUAGUAGCCCCAUCAGACAUGAUGGACGGUCGAAUUGGCGCAAUUAAGAAUGCUUUGAUUGCCAACAAUCUAGGCAACAAGGUUGCUGUCUUAUCCUACGCAGUAAAAUUCGCAUCGUCAUUUUAUGGACCUUUUAGGGAUGCAGCGUGUUCGAAACCUUCGUUUGGCGAUAGAAAAUGUUACCAAUUGCCGCCAAACAGCACAGGCUUAGCCAUGCGCGCCGCUGAAAGGGAUGUCCAUGAAGGUGCUGAUAUGCUCAUGGUUAAGCCAGUUUUGGCUUAUCUGGAUUUACUACGUCAAGUGAAGGACGCCUUCCCGCAUCAUCCCAUGUUUGUUUAUCAAGUCUCCGGCGAAUACGCCAUGUUGUAUCAUGGCGCGAAAGCUGGCGCUUUUGACUUGCAAGUCGCCGUUAUGGAAGUCCUGCAUUCCUGCAGGCGUGCUGGCGCAGACGUAAUUAUUUCGUAUUAUACUCCGCAAGUGCUUGAUUGGAUUGAAUAAAUGCAAGCCAAUCAAACGUUACUUGCAAUAGUCAAAUAAUAAAUUGUGCAAUGACAA